CCGCCCCUCCUCUUCUCCCCCUCCCCCCUUUGUUGGCGGUUUCCUCUCUUGCUGUCUCCUGGGAGGGCGGCGACAAGAGCCCGAGUCUGGCGAUGCCCGAGUUCCUGGCGGAUCCGUCGGUGUUGACCAAGGAGAAGCUGAAGAGUGAGCUGAUCGCCAACAAUGUGAACCUGCCGAGUGGCGAGCAGCGCAAGGACGUCUAUGUGCAGCUCUACUUGCAGCAUCUGACCGCCCGCAACGCGUCCGGAGCCUCCGCGCAGCCGGACUUCUCCAGCGACGAGGAGCGGAGGGAGUCCACGCCGUUUGCCGCCAGGAACCGAGGAGGCGGGGGCUCCCCGGUUGCCGCCGUGGGCCGGAAAGCAACAAAGAAAACAGACAAACCGAGGCCAGAAGAACAGGAUGAUGUAGAAGUGGCAGACCUUGGUAAUGAAGAGCUCAAAGAGCAGCUUAUGAGAUAUGGUGUGAAUCCUGGUCCUAUUGUGGCUACCACAAGGAAGCUCUAUGAGAAGAAACUACUGAAGUUGAAAGAACAGGGCCAAGAGCUAAGAUCUCUGAUACCUACACCAACAGUAUCUUCUUCUGCAGAGAACAACAGGCAAAAUGGAAAUAACGACUCGGAUCAAUACAGUGACAAUGAAGAAGAUCCCAAGACUGAGUUUAUACUUGAAAAGCGAGAACCAUUGAAGGGCAGAACAAAGGCUCCAGUAACACUCAAACAAAGAAGAAUUACUGAACAUAACCAGGAUGGAGAUACUGAGACAAUCUGGAGAAUUGGAUCUUCAAAAAGUGGACUUCCACAGGCAGUUCCUAGGGAAUCUGCAAGAGUAUCAAGACGAACGGCAAGGAAAAGGGUUGAAACUACAGUACCGUUGCCUGUACAUGAUGCAGUAAUGUCAGAGAGUACUCCCAUAGCCGAUACUGUAGUGGCUUCAAGCAACAAGACCCUAGUAAAUAUAUUGAAUUUGCAAGAGCAGGUUGUCAAUAGGUUGCCUGGAAAUCUCAAGCAUGCAGAUCCUAUACUGUCAGUCAGUGACUUCUCAGAGUUUCCCAGAAGAACACCAAAGAAAUCAUUGAUGACUGCUGAAGUGAUGGAGAAACCUGCAGAGGAUCGAAGACUAGAAAGGGAUAUUCUUAAAGAAAUGUUCCCUUAUGAAUCAUCGACACCUACAGGAAUUAGUGCUAGCUGCCGCAGACCAAUCAAAGGAGCUGCUGGUCGACCUAUAGAGUUCGGUGACUUCCAACUGGAGGAGCCCUAUUCAUCAAAAUAUAUAUCCAAAUACACUGCUUCAGCAGAUGACAAAGCAGAGAAGCCAAUUAAAAAACGCUCCAUUCCUAUGUGGAUAAAAAUCCUGCUCUUUGUUGUUGUCUCUGUCUUCUUGUUCUUGGUCUAUCAGUCAAUGGAAACCAACCAAGGAAAUCCAUUCUCCCCGUUCCUCAAUAGUGACUCUCAGACAGGAACUGAUUGAAUGUUUUUAUUUUGUAUGGUGCACACAAGUUGGUCUCCUAUUUUUAACUGUAAAGAUCUCUUCAUCCUUCAUCUGAUCAGAAACUGCAUACAGAUAAUAAUAGCAACAUAAACUGAAAAGUGAAAUAAACAAGACAAUGUAAGUGGACAUCACUAACAUUUUUAAGAACUAGGAGAUCACUUUGUGCCAUGGGUAAUAUUUUUAGAUAUCUCUGGAACUUCCGUAGGAUUUAUUUUUUUAAUGUGGACAUCAUUACAUUCAGUUGAGAUUGUAUAUUUGUUUUUGCAAGCUUGGAAGCUCGAAAGGGCAAAAGUGAUAGUAAAAUGUGAAAAUGUGUUUAAAUGUUUUUACUUCAUACUAAAAAGAUGCUGUAUUGAAUUUUUCUCUACUUUGCAUUUUGUUCCCGGGUGGGUGGGAAGGGCUAAGAUAAAGGGAAAUGCAUUUUUGGAUGCAUUUUGCUGAAACCGUGCAGCUAAGUUUAGUCUAUUGUAGUUUUAAGGGGAGUUGAGAUUUUUUUCUGUAGAAUACUGUUGAUAUUUUAAUAAAUAACUGUAAACUUAUUGUAUACAUGUCUUUUAUCUGUCUUCAUUUCAACUGUAGUAACCCCAUUUAUGGAUUUUUAAUCAUAGGUCUCUAUUUUAGUGCUUAAACUGAUAAUCACUGAUCUAAUUGGCAAUAGGUGUCCUCAGAAAAAUAUAUUUAUCUGUAAAUCUUUGUGAAAUCUUACAUAAAAUACAUUUUAAUACCUUUUUACUGGAUGAUUAAUAAUGUUAAAUCCUAAUUACAGGCUUAAAUCCUGAGUCUUAUUACAAAAGAACUAUGUUCUGAAACAAACCUGCUUUGUUUGGUAAAUCUAAUGUCAUAUGUUAGAUUUCAUUUUUAAUUGAAUUUUGUUUGAAGCAUCAUGGAUGUGUAUAUAUUCCAAGAAGUUUCAUUCUUAUGGUAUUAAAAGGGCAUUGUUUCAUGUGAUGAAUAAAUUAAAGUUUUUUUAAAAAAAAUCUUCACUCAUGGAUGCAGCUAUUUUAGCCUGCCAUAACUUGUUCUCAGAUACAUUUACCAAGCAAAUAAUUUCAAUUUAAUUUUUACUGUGUGGAUUAUUAUACAUAUAAAGUGAAUGUAUUAAUUUGCAGUAUAUAUGGCAUCUUGAUAUUACUGCAUAUUCUAUACAAAUUGCAAUAAACUUAUUUUUAACCUU